GCAAGUUACCUUUUCGAUAUCUACAAUUUGACAUUUAGGAGCGAAUUUUCGUUGAUUCACUUCUGACGGGGUUGAGCAAUACCCUGCACAAGCUGGCUACCAUGGCACAGAGUGAAGAUGCAGGGAGUGUUACGCCUGUGGACUUUAUCCAGUUACAGGAAUAUAUGGAAUAUAGUACUUCACGGGUGCAAGACGUGUUGAAGGAGUUUCAUUCAGGUGAUAAGCAAGGCCAGACCAAGUUCGAAGAGUACAUGGACGCAGCUGGCUUCGCACAGUUCCUCAAGACCUACCUCGAGGACGAGGAUUUCCCCGAGGAUCUCUGCGGACGUCUGUUUAAAUAUUUUCAACAUUUUGAACACGACGAGGCGGAAACCCCGAAAAGAGAAGAUGGGGUGUUCCUCCGUGACGUUUCCUGCUACUUCUCCAUACUGGAGGACGGGCAGCCGAGAGAGAAGUUAGAAUGUACAUUCAAACUUUAUGACCAAGAUGGCAAUGGACUUCUGGAUAGCUCUGAAGUGGAUCGUAUAAUUGCCCAAAUGAUGCGCGCUGCAGAAUAUCUGGGCUGGGAUGUGACUGAACUCAGACCAGUGCUCAAGGAUCUGAUGGGGGCGAUCGACGUGGACGGCAGUGGAAGUGUCAACCUGGAUGAGUGGAUUAAAGGGGGCAUGAACAACGUGCCUUUACUGGUGCUGUUGGGCCUCAAGAUGACAGAGAGGGAUGGACAGCAUAGCUGGAGGAUGAAGCAUUUCAACAAGCCGACCUACUGUAACGUCUGUCAGGGCAUGCUUCUUGGCCUGGCGAAGCAAGGACUCUGCUGCACUUACUGCAAGUACACAGUCCACAGUCAGUGUGCCAGCAAGACCGCUGAGCAAUGCCCUCCAACCUUCGUCAGGUCUAAGAAGGAGCUUGGUGUCCCAGCUCACGACUGGAUCAGUGCGGACUGUAGCUCCAGGAAGUGUAAGGUGUGCCACAAGAAGAUCAAGCACUUUGUAGGGAGCCGUUGCGUGUGGUGCCAAGAGAUGCGUCAUGACGACUGUUUGAAAUCUUGCGUGACGUGUGAAUGCGGAUUGCUGAAAGAUCACAUCCUGCCCCCAUGGGCCAUAUAUGCUUUCUCAGGGGACGAUAAUACUUCUAAUUCUUUAGAAGACACCAGUAUGUUCAAUGUUACCCCUGACGGACACAUCCUGCAGAUUGUUCCGGUCCCAGACAUCCACCCUCUGCUUGUGUUCGUAAACCCCAAGAGUGGUGGGAAGCAGGGGGAGAGAGUACUGAGGAAAUUUCAGUACCUUCUGAACCCUCGGCAAAUCUACAACCUGCGUAACGGAGGACCCGUCCCUGGACUAAAUUUCUUUCGCAGUCUGCACGACUACAGAAUCUUAGUGUGCGGUGGGGAUGGGACGGUUGGGUGGAUUCUGGACGCUAUAGACAAGGCGGAGCUCCCUGUGCGCCCCCCUGUCGCUAUCCUCCCCCUUGGCACGGGGAACGACCUGGCCCGCUGCCUCCGCUGGGGGGGAGGGUACGAUGGCUCGGAUCUGCGCGACGUCCUGAAGGACAUUGCUGGCAGCGUGUUGGCGCCGAUGGACCGCUGGACCGUCCAGGUCAUCCCAGACGACCCCACGGAAGACGGAGACCCCGUGCCGUACCCGAUCAUAAACAACUACUUCUCCAUCGGGGUGGAUGCCUCCAUCGCUCACCGCUUCCACCACAUGAGGGAGAAGCAUCCGCAUAAGUUCAGCAGCAGGGUGAAGAACAAACUCUGGUAUUUUGAGUUUGCCACGUCCGAGACAAUAUCUGCAUCCUGCAAGAAUCUGAAAGAUUGUCUAACCAUUGAGUGCUGUGGCGUGCCGUUAGAUAUCACCUCCCUUUCUCUGGAAGGCAUAGCAGUGGUCAACAUACCCAGCAUGCACGGCGGCUCCAACCUCUGGGGCGAGUCGAAGAAGGCGGACAAAUCCAGCCAUCAUGCGUUGGACAAGUCUGCGGAGGUCAUCACCGACCGGGAGCUGCUUAAGACACGCUCUCAGGAUAUGAGCGAUAAGCGUUUGGAGGUGCUGGGUCUCGAGGGAGCCAUGGAGAUGGGUCAGAUCUACACAGGGCUGAAGAGCGCCGGUCUGAGACUCGCGCAAACCCCCCAGAUCACUAUCAAGACACUCAAACCCCUUCCCAUGCAGAUUGAUGGGGAGCCUUGGAUGCAACCUCUCUGUACUAUCCACAUUACUCACAAAAACCAAGCUAACAUGCUCAUGGCUCCACCAUCCAAACGAUCCGGGUUCUUCCACCUGAAGUAGGGAUUCCCUGCUUGUGCAGUAAAUCUUCCUACUGUUAUCCAAUGGACACAAAGUGCAAAUCACCGUAGACAAAUAUGUAUGUAUAGGAUGUUUAGGAUCAAUAUCACAUACAUUUACAUUUCAUCUUUGCAUGCACCAAAACUCCCAAUUUAUUCACAACUGCUUAUAGUAAAUGUGUUCCCUUUUUUCAUUGAA